GAGUUUACACGUGUGAUUCACCAUCUACCCUGCCCACGCACUCAGUUCUCAUUCUACCAAUACCAAGAAGUCCCAAGAAACGCACGACUGCCCAGGUGUAACAAGGUAAGACCCGAGUUCCCUACUGCAACGCCAGAGCAUCCAAUGAGAAGGGGAUAUGGGAAGAAUGGCCCCGCUAUAGCAAAUGCCCCCUCUACUUUUUACCCCUCCAGCCAACCAGAUCAGAACCAACCAGAUCAUCCCUUUUGUUUGAGCUUCUGACCCUUUUUGAGCUCUCCACUUUCACCGACUUCAGAUUCGAGAAUAAAGACUGACCUCUUCGCUGUUUUGUCCUGGUGCAAAAGAUCAAUAGAAAGAAAGACGAUAAUCUAAUACCCCGAGUGCUAAUAAUAAUUCUCGACUUGACAGAACUCACAACAAAACACUCACACUCACACUCGCACUCUCAUCACAUCUCUCAAUACCUUCAUCCAAAAAACACACAUACACCACACCUCUACACACACUCACAUAUCUCAAAAUGGGUUUCAAAGCUGUCGUCGCUGGUGCUUCCGGAGGAAUCGGACAGCCAUUGUCGCUUCUCCUCAAGACUUCUCCUCUCAUCACCGAGUUGGCCCUCUACGAUGUUGUCAACACUCCUGGUGUUGCCGCCGAUCUUUCGCACAUCUCGAGCCCAGCUAAAAUCACCGGAUAUUUGCCAAAAGAUGAUGGUGCCAAGUUGGCAUUCAAGAACGCUGAUAUCAUCGUCAUCCCAGCUGGAAUUCCCCGUAAGCCAGGAAUGACCCGUGAUGAUCUCUUCAACAUCAACGCCGGCAUCGUCAAGGGUCUCAUUGAGAUCAUCGCCGAGGUUGCCCCAAAAGCCUAUAUCCUUAUCAUCUCCAACCCAGUUAACUCCACUGUCCCAAUUGCCGCCGAGGUUCUCAAAGCUAAGGGAGUCUUUGAUGCUCAACGUCUUUUCGGUGUCACUACCCUUGAUGUUGUUAGAGCCGAGACUUUCGUCGCUGAAAUUGUCGGAACAGCAAACCCACAAGAAUUGACUAUCCCAGUUAUCGGUGGUCACUCUGGAGAGACCAUUGUUCCACUUUUCAGCCAAGCCAAGCCAAGUGUUAACAUCCCAGCUGAUAAAUUGGAUGCUUUGGUUAACAGAGUUCAAUUUGGUGGUGAUGAAGUUGUCAAGGCCAAGGAUGGUGCUGGAUCAGCAACUCUUUCUAUGGCCUAUGCUGGUUUCCGUUUCGCCGAGAAGGUUCUCAAGGCCUUGAACGGUGAGAAGGGUAUUGUCGAGCCAACUUUCGUCUACCUUCCAGGUGUCCCAGGCGGUGAGGCUAUCGCCAAGGAGACUGGCCUCGAUUUCUUCUCUGUCCCUGUUGAACUUGGCACAAACGGUGCCAGCAAAGCUCAAAACCCUCUCUCCAACAUCAACGAUGCCGAAAAGAAACUUUUGGCCGCUUGCGUCGAUGGUCUUAAGGGUAACAUUUCGAAGGGUGUUACCUUUGCUAAUGCUCCUCCUCAACAAAAGUAGUUUCCCUAUUUUGAUCUCUUACCUCUCUUCUUCCUCCUUCCUUCUUUUCAGAUUCCUUCUUCUUUCUCUUUUCAUACUUACAUCGAGCACUUGAAAAAAACAAAGUUGAAUGUGAUGGAAACCAAGCGCAUAGCAGAAAAAAGUUCCCUUUGUUCCUUGACUGAUCGUUGGCGUCUUGCUUAGAUAGAUUGUGAGAAGUCCUUUCGAUUUUUCGAUGAGGGAUUUGGAGGCUUUUCUUUUCCUGACUUCACUUUAUUCCAUAUUCUUCUUCGGGAGUGUUUCGAGAUUGGUGGUUAUGGAAAGAUGGAGGUGGGAUAGAGAAGAGGUCUAAGGAGAGGCUGAAAGGUGAAAGGGUGUUUAAGGGUGACAGGAAUGAAAUAAUGAAAUAAUCAAAAAUAGAUAUUGGAUCCACGGGAUGGGAUUGAGGGGAUAGGAAAUGAAUUGAAUGGGUUCAUGUCGGAUCGGAGCCAUAGAAUCAAUGAGUCCAUGAAACGGGGAAUGGAAUAGGAAUGAUCACGGGAUCGAUAGCAAUACAUGAAAUGAAGUUGAAUUUUAAACCUUGAAAUUUGCA